CUGAGGGACAUAGAAAUGGCGCUUGCGUUGAACUCGCCGUUGUUGAGACCGUAAACAGUGGAGCUAGCUAACCGGCGGGUAUCGCGCGCUGUCACCUUAGAGAUUACAGUUAAUACAGAAAUCACAAGGAACAGGCGGAGAAGCAUACACGAGAGGAGCGGAUUAUGAUCGAAGACAAGUCGCUACGGGAGACAAGUUAGAUUUGACCAUAGCCAGCCAGCUAGCGAGCGAGCUAGCUCAUAAUUUGACACAGCCAGAAACGCAGCAACCAUGAGCGAACUGGCUGCCCAGGUCACCAGCAGCCUGCUGCGCUUCCCAGAUGUGACGGUGGACGCCCUGGGGGAGGAUGAGAUCACACUCGACUCUGUGCUACACGGCAAAUUCACCGUCGGGAGGAGCGGGCUGGCGUGGCUGGCCUGCGGCCCUCACCUGGAGGUGGUCCACGCCACCACGGGGCAGCGGUUCUCGGCCUACCGCUUCAGCGGCGUCAGCGAGCACGCCCCCAAUGUGCUGGCGGUGCGCGACUUCUGCUGGCUGAAGAGGACGGGCCUGCUGGUGGGGCUGGAGGAGUCGGAGGGCAGCCUGCUCUGCCUGUAUGACCUGGGCAUCUCCCGCGUGGUCAAGGCCGUGGUCAUCCCAGGAAGGAUCACCGCCAUUGAGCCCCUGGUGAGCUAUGGGGGAGCCAGCACCAGCACCCAGCACCUGCACCAGAGCCUGCGCUGGUUCUUCGGGGUGGCCGCCGUGGUCACCGACAUCGGCCACGUGCUACUGGUGGACCUGUGCCUGGACGACCCGUCCUGCAGCCAGAGCGAGCUGGAGGCCUCAGACCUGGAGGUGGUGAACAAGUCCCCCGCGGAGAUCCCUCACAUCCGGGAGAGGGUGACACAGCAGGGCCGGCACCUGUGCCUGCAGCUGAACAGCCCCACGGGCACCGGCGCCACUGCCCUGCAGUACGUCACCCGCACCAACCAGCUGGCCGUGGGCUUCUCCGACGGCUACCUGCAGCUGUGGAACAUGAAGACGCUGAAAAAAGAGUACCAUUCCCAGCUGGAGGGCGGCCGGGUGCCCGUCUACGCCUUCACCUUCCAGGAGCCGGAGAACGACCCUCGCAACUGCUGCUACCUGUGGGCCGUGCAGUCCACUCAGGACAACGAGGGGGAUGUGGUGAGCCUCCACCUGUUGCAGUUAGCUUUCGGGGAGAGGAAGUGCCUGGCCUCUGGGAAGAUACUUUACGAGGGCCUGGAGUACUGCGAGGAGCGCUACAGCCAGGACCUGAACGGGGCCGCCUUCCCCCUGAGGGCUCAGGCCACUAACACGCGCCUGCUGGGCUGCCAGACCAUCGAGAAGUUCCGGCACCACCCGGACCGCGACGACAGCAUGAACGAAGGUGCAUCCCCUGACACCAGUGUGUCGAUAUUCAGUUGGCAAGUCAAGUCCUAUGGACAGGGCAAGCCCUCCACAUAUGUGGGUGUGUUUGACAUCAACCGAUGGUACCACGCACAGAUGCCCGACUCUCUAAGAACCGGGGAGUCCCUGCAUAACUGCCCGUACCUGGCGGUCUGGUCGCUGGACGCGGUGGUGGAGAUGACGUCGCCCUGCACCCUGCUGGACCUCCUGGUGCACGAGCGCAGCCUGAGUAGGGGUCUGCCGUACACCUGUCCCCCACCCGAGCAGUUCUUCAACCCCACCACCUACAACUUCGAUGCAACUUGCUUGCUUAACUCCGGAGUCAUGCACUUAGCAUGUUCUGGCUAUCAGAAAGAGACUCUGAGCUUCUUAAAGAGGUCUGCCCCCUACCUGAGCGAAGCCAUCCCUGACGGCUACUCUCGCUGCCUGAUGUCGGGCCUCCUGUCCCCACGGCUGGCCGAUGUGCAGCCGUCCAACCUCAGUCAGGAGGAGCAGCUGGAUGCCAUCCUGUCCGCUGCGGUGGAGACCAGCUCUCUGGGGCUCAUCACAGGGUGCAUCAAACGGUGGACGGCUGAGGAGCAACCAGGAUCUGCCGUGAACCUGCGCUACAUCCUGGAGUGGGCUUGGAACAAGGUGGUCCUCACCAAGGAGGAGCUGGACGGCAUCUGCGCCCCCCUGUUCGACAGCUCCACGAACUUCACAGACCCGCAGACCCUCCAGCUGCUGCAGCACAGCCAGCGGCUCCUGGGGAACCUCAGCACCAUCUUCCACUGCCUGCUCAGCGAGGCUCAGGAGCUCACGCAGAAAGGGUUGGUGGGUCUGGUCAACAAGAACGUGGUGUCCAGCCUGAUCUCUCAGUACGCCCAGGUUGUGCUGUGGUUCUGUCGGACCGGCCUCCUGCCUGAAGGCUCUGAUGAUGACGUGCUACAAAUAUCAAGGCCCUUUUACAAUUACCCAGUGAUUAAAAACUACUACACUGGUCGACGUGAAGAACUGCAACGCCUCUCUAGGGGGAAAUGGUGUGCGGACUGCCUCAUGAUUGACGGCCUGGUGGCCCAGUUCGCGGACCGCAUCGAGGACCUGUGGAAGAGGGACGACGGAGGAACGGGGGUGUACCCGCCCCCAACGCUACAUGCUUUGCUGGAUAUCUACCUCCUGGAAAACAUGGAGGAGUCUGCCAAGCACGCCAUUGUAAUCUAUUUGUUGCUGGACGUCAUGUACUCUUUACCCAAUAAGAGUGGCACGUCGGUGGAGUCUUUCCCCACGGCGUUCGCCAUUCCCAUCGGCCUGGUGAAGCUGGUGCAGGGCUUGUGGCUCCUGGAUCAUCAUGACCACGAGAACUCCCUGGAGCUGCUCCUGCAUCCGGCCACCAGCCGCUCCCUGUGGGGCUGGCAGCACGAGCGCGUCCUGCAGGCGCUGAUGUGCCAGGGCCAGCACGCCAUCGCCCUCCGCUACCUGCACACCAUGAAGCCAGCCAUGUCCACCUCCAGCCAGCUCAAACUGUGCCUUUCUGUCCUGCUCCACAACAGGUGCAUGGUGGAGGCCUGGGCGCUCCUGAGGCAGCACUCUAACAAGCUGAACAUGGAGGAGCUGCUCAGGUUCCUGUACGAGAGCUGCCAGGAUCUGGGCCUCAUGAAGGAGCUGCUCAAACUGCCCCUGGGCCUCGCUGAACAGGAGUGCCUGGAGAAGUUCCUGCAAAACAGCGGGGGCCUCCAGAACAGAGAGCUGCUCAUGGUCCACUACCUCCAGCAGGCCAACUAUGUCCCUGCACUGCAGCUCAACCAGGCCAUGAAGACGAACCUGAAUGACAGAGAUCCGAAGCUUAAGGAGAGGUCGAAUACCAGGAACUCCAUUUUGGACCAGUACGGCAAGGUUCUCCCAAGGGUGCAGCGAAAACUAGCUACUGAGCGAGCAAAACCAUACCGACACCCCUCUACGGUCUUCAGAGAAGUUUCCAGACCGCAGCCCUUGUCGACCGUGGCCAAACGGUCAGCGACGGAGAACGUGCUGACAAGAGCCGCCUUCAUCAGCAACGUCCUCAGCAAGAUCGGGGAGGUGUGGGAGGGCAAGAACAGCGGGCCCGACUCCUCUCCAGUGAAAAGCCCCAAGGUGUCAGGGGCACCCUCGGCCAGUCCGAGCCGGCGCUCGGUGGAGCUGCCUGAGGCCUUUGUGGGCACGCCCAUCACCAUGAGCUCCAAGAGGAUGACCAGGGUUCUCAAUCUGAUUGUACGCCCGUCAUCCCAGCUGAGCCCCGAGAGCCCAGACCUGCAGCAGACCCCUCCGAGGCGGGUGAGCUCAUUGGUCACGCCUGGCCACGCCCCAGCUUCCUCCCUGAAGUCCGGCUCCUUCAAGGGCAUCGCCAAGGCCCCCGAGCUCAGCCUGCUGCAGACGCCACAGGUGGUUAAGAGAGCUCGGGCGCUAACGGCCACAGGCCCCGUGUUCCCUGGCUUCACCCCUCAGUCCAUCCUGAGGAGCAGCCUACGGCCCACCCCCGUUGGGUCGCCCUCUGCCUCACCGGGCCGCUCCGUAACUCCGCCCCCCCGCCCCAAGGAGAGCCGCAUCACCUUCAUUGAAGAUGAGCCCUCUGCCGACGUCGCCAAGGGCCCGGUCCACUGGAGCAACGGGAUUGCAGCAGAGACUGAAAUCAGCCUGCUGUCCCGCGCCUCGUCUCUGCCGAAGCCCGAAAAGGAGGGCUGGUGCGCCGAGCCGGAUGAGGAAGAGGAAGAGGAGGGAGAGCAGCAGCCUGUGACGUUAGCGCCGCCAGCAGUGGAGCCCCAGCUCAGAGAACCUGAGGACAGCGAGAGGGAUGUGGAGAUGGGGGAGUCCGAGAGCUGCUCCUCCGCACGAGAGACCGUAGAAGACAAAGAGGAAGAGGUGGUGGUUGGGAGACCCAGUAUAGGGCUUGAAGUAAGCUACGCCUCUGUUCAGUCUGUGGAUACUACUUUGGAAUACCACGAUGCCCCUGCGCCCGAAGACCUGGAGAUGGAGCUGCAGCAGCUGCAGCAGCCAGUGGAGGAGGAUACAGGGGAAGUGGUAGAAGCAGACCUGAAGCCAGCAGCUGCAGACGUCUCCCCCCUGCCGCCCACAGGCACAGGAGAAGAGGAGCAGUCCGAAGCACCUAUCGAGCAGAGCCUCAAGCAGGAAGAGGCGGAGCCGCACCCAGAGCAGGAAGAGGCGGAGCAGAGAACUGAGCCGAAUGAGGCAGUGGAAAACCCAGAGCAGCAAGAGCUGGAUCAGAGGAUUGAGCAGGAAGAGGCGGAGCAGAACCCAGAGGAGGAAGAGGCAAGGCAGAGCCACAAACAGGAAGAAGCGGAGCAGAUCCUGGAGCAGGUGGAAGCGGAGCAAAGCCUCGAGCAGGAAGAGGCAGAGAAAAACCCACGGCAGGAAGAGGUGGAGAAGAGCCUUGAGCCUGAAGAGGCAGAGCAAAGCUCCAAGCAGGAAGAGGUGGCGCGUAUACCAGAGCAUGAAGAAGCAGAAUGUAUCCCGGAGCAAGAAGAAACCCAGCAGGAGCAGAAUGUGGAGCUGGAAGAGGCAGAGCCCAGCAACAAACAUGAAGAGGCGGAGGAAGAGAGCCCUGAGCUGGAGGUGCUGGAGCCCAGCCCCGAAAGGGAAGAGGCAAAGCCACGCACAGAGCACAUAGAUUUGGAUGAGUUUGUGGAGCGGCAUUUAUUUGGUGAUGAUCUUUCCCCCCCACUGACACGUUCCAGUAUACGGCAAGCCUCGCAGAGCUGGACCAACUCCUCAAACAGCGAGUCUUCCUUUGACGGGAGAGAGGAGGAGCCUGCGACUGCUGGCACCACCCCUCCAGCGCUGACCACACAGAAGUCUGUGACGUCUGUGUCCUCUGCUCCCACCACCACCACCGACUCUCACUCUGUGGUGAGCCUGAAUGACAGUGAAGAGCUGUCGAGAGCCUCGUCAGAGGAAGAGGAGUCGGACACUGGGGAGGAGGAUGAGGAUGAGGAAGAGGAGGACUCGGGAAGCGAGGUGGAGAUCGUAGAAGAGGUGGAGGGUAACGGGGGCCAGAGGCAUCUGCCCAACGCCAGCCUCUUCCUUCAGGAGCCCCCUCACGGCUCCGAGUACCUCGAUGAGCCAGCCACCGCUGUCCUGUCACUGGUGGCACCUGAGAUGGAACUGAAGACCGUGGAAGCAGUGGAGGAGGAGGAGGUGGUGAUGGUGGAUCUAGAGGCAGAGGAGCCAGAGGAGGACGGAAACGAGGUGGUGUGUUACACCGAGCUUAAGCCCUCCGACACGCUGCUCGUCCCCCUGGAUCUGGAUGAGGAACAGCAGCUAGUCGAUGGGGCAGGCCUCGCCCUGCAUGAGCUGGAACCAGAGCCCCACAUCGAAGCCCCCACCAACUUCACGCUCAUGCUGGAGGCAGAGGAACUGGAGAACGGGUUAGCCAGGCCGCUGGUGGACUCUGACAAUCAGCUGCUGAUUGUGCAGCUUUCGCAGGGUUUGGGUGGGAAGGAGCAGCCGGGAGAAGAAGGUCUUGGACAGGAGCAGGCUGACAGUCAGGAAGUCUUCCCCUUGGACAGUGUAAACCCAGAUGCUUGUGAGGGUUUGUCAUCCCUCCCCACUCAUCCACAAGGUCUUGUUAGCGACAUGGCUGUCAUUGAAGAGGAUAUCAUGGGAAGAGAGAGCAGAGAAACAGAAGUUUUGCCAGUCAGAGAAUUGGAGGGUGGGGAGUUGCCGGGAAGUACAGACGCAGUCGCUCAGAAGGCACCUAAUUGUGAUGUUCAAACUACAGAGGACUUCACUGAGAGUGAACUAGCUUCAACAACCAAAGAACCGAAACCAAUCAGUACAGAGGAGUCUGCUGCAGAACUUAAGAGUGCGGAGCAGCCAGCUAGCUCAAGUAAAGUGGAGGUGGUAUUCCAAGCUGAGGCAGUGCCAGGCCCCUCUGUGGAGACAUCCCCUGUUCCCCAGGUUGAAGAGGUGGAGCCUAUCUCUGUGGUUGUAGAAGCAGAGCCUGUCACUGUGGCAGAACCAUCCCUUGUUCCUGAAGAGGUGGAGUCUGUCCCUGUGGUUGUAGAAGCAGAGCCUGCCACUGUGGCAGAACCUUCCCCUGUUCCUGAAGAGGUGGAGCCUAUCCCUGUGGUUGUAGAAGCAGAGCCUGUCACUGUGGCAGAACCUUCCCCUGUUCCUGAAGAGGUGGAGCCUAUCCCUGUGGUAGAGCCUGUCCCUGUGGAGUCUGUACCUCUGAAUAAGGAGAUGGAGUCUGUUCCUGCAGAAGAGUCUGCCCCAGUUCUUGAAAAGGCGGAGCCUAUCCCUGUGGAUGAAGAGGCCGAACCUGCCUUGGUUGAAGAAGUAGAGCCUGUACCCGUGGUUGUACAGGCAGAAUCCUUACCUGUGGUAGAGCCGCUUCCUGUGGUUGAAGAGGCAGAGCCUAUCCCUGUAGUUGGAGGGACGGAGUCUGCACCUCUGGCUGAAAAUGUGGAGGCCGUCCCAGUAUUUGAAGAGGUGGACUCUGAACCCGUGGCUGGAGAGGCAGAGGCCCUGGUUGCAGAGACAGAGCUUAUCCCUGUGAUUGCAGAGGCAGGGCCUGCCCCUGUGGUUGCAGAGGAAGAUGCAGCCCAGGCACCAACAGCCAAGCCCGUAGAAAAGGCAGCACCCGCUAACAUGUCCGUGGCGGUGACUAAUAAUACAGAGUCAAAAAGCAGCCACACAGCGGACAGGAAAGCUGCUCCCACUCCUGAAACGAGGAGGAGGACCAGGCAGAGGAAAACUGUUGUCUUCUCUUCACCCAUUGAAGAAACUGAAAAGGCCACACAAUCAGAAGAGGAGAAGCCCCAGCACCAGAUAGAAUCCCAGGUGCCCUCAACACCGGGAAGGAUCACCAGGAGUGCGAAGCAUGAGCAAGAUUCCCAAGUCCCGCUCACACCCAGGAGGACCACAAGGAGAGCCACAGAGCCAAAGCCACAGAAGGAAGAGGAAGUUCAUAUCGAUAGCACCGCCGUCAAUGCUAAACCCGAAGCCACAAAGCAGCAGACCCCACAGAAGACCCCUCCAAGAAAGGGAACCCGACGAACCAGAAACUCCCUUCUAAGUAUCGAUGAAGACAUUAGCGUUACGGAGGACGAACUGCACGAGAACGAGCUCCCAGUUGUACCUGUAACUCGCACAAGGAGUGCUAGGAAAACGAGAACGGCCAUCAUGGAAGUUCCUGAAAGCGACACAGUGGUUCCAGAGGAGCAACCAGACGAUCGGCCAGCCAAGGUACCCAGCAGUCCAGGCAGGGUGACAAGAAAAUCCACCCGAGGAAUAUCUCUGGCCCUGGACAUACCGCAGCUGGCCACACAGGAGCAGGCAGUGGUUGUGGAACAAGAGGCCGUGACCCCAAAGAGGAGCAGAAGGACGAGAAAAGACAGUACAGCAGAAGAGGCUAAGACCACUGAAGCUGUAGCUAAGGAGCUGCCGGUGCUGGAUACCUCUCGACGGUCUACAAGAAGCCGUCUGUGGAAUCACUUGGAGCACACAAGAAAGGGGGAGGAGAAGGAAGAACGCCUCAUCCUAGACACGCCCCUAGAGGUGGAGCCGGGAACCGAAGUGGCCGACGCCUUGAUGGAGAGACUCAAGGAUGAAGAAGCCAAAGAGUCUAAAGGUGUGAGAAGCGAGGAAGGGCUCGGAACAAGCACUGCAGGUACAACGUCUACCCGUGCUAAACGGAGGGGUACGAAAGCCGCCCUGGAGCAAGCUCCCUCCGUCCCCCCACCAGUGACAGAAGCGCUGGAUGGGAACGAGGAGGAGUCAACGAACAAAAGGGGCACCAAAUUGGAGGCAGCGGAAGCACAGGGUCAGGUGCAGCCGAAGGCACCGAGAACGGGCAGACGGACACGCGCUAGCAGGGCCUCUGAGGCGGACGCCUCUCCGCAAAGGGACCCUGUUCUUUUAUCACCGCCUCAGACUCGGAGGAAGUCGAAAGCAAGGAAAAUGGACUCUUCCGUACUGAACGACGUGAUUUCAGAACCACAGACUGAAUCCUCCGCUCCUGUUACUCGUGCACGGCGGCCAGCUGCCGCCAGCAUACCUCAAACCUCUAACGAUGAGGAAAGUGAUUUGGGGGGUCAGGCUGGGAAACAUGAGACUGAAGCUGCCAAAUCCAGAAAGAAGCGAGCCACCAGGACAAAGGCGACAGCUGGAAGCCCCCCGCCCGUGAAGAUCAACCUGAUCUCCCCCAUGGCCAGCCCGGCGGAGCUCGCCCCAGGGGUGGACAAGAAAGAGAAGGCGGAGGCCCCCUUGCAGAGGAUGAACCUGCGCAGGAAGCGCCUACUGGACACCAUCUUCCCCAAGCCGGUCACGCGCAGGAAGAUGUUGUAACCGCCCCUGUACCCCGCAAAUGCCACUCGCUUACGGGAACGGCACUUGAAUGACUCUACACUCCCAAAACCCCGUCGCUCAGCAGAGGCUUCUGUUCAUUUUUUUUUUUUUUUUUAUCAAGUUUGCUGCCUGCUGUUUUCUAUUUAGAUAACAACCAAUGGAAAAAGUUUUUGAAAUUAAUGAACAAAUCUAAUUUGGGAGAAAUUAUUUUAUAUAAAUUAUUGUAAUGUUUACAGAAAACCGAUCUGGAUUAUGGGAAGGGGGAAGAAGGGACUUGAGCUCCGAAGAGGAGA